AUGAUGCUCAAGGGCCACACCUAUAAGACGUUCAAGUUUACACCAGGUACGCUGGAAUGCAGAGAGGCUUGCCUCGCUGAUGACAGGUGUCAAAGCUAUAAUGUGGUCAUGUUCAUUGCAAUGUGUGAGUUAAACAACCGGACUAAAGAGGCCAGACCAGAGGACUUUGUCAGGAACGAAGACAGAUAUUACAUGGCAAAAGAUCUAAAAGGAGGUAAUUGAACUUGUAAAUAAAAACAGCAGGGCGUGCUAACGUUCAUGGAUUUUGCGUAACUAGCUUCUGAUGUUGCUAACUUUCAUUCCGCUAAAGUGUGAUAUUUCAAUUUCAGUUUCCUUGGGAUCAAUUAGCUACAAUAAGCACCAUAAGUUUCAGUUUUUGAGAAAUCGGCACAGCAAUAUCUUAAAUUUGUGAAGUUAGGGAAGGAGUAGAUGUAUCAUUCACCGAUUGGAAAUUGACCAUUGUGUUUAAUGGGUAAAUGCACUUCUUCUUCAAAAACUAGGAGUAUUUGACGCCUGGUAUUUUUCGGAAAUUAACCAAGUCACGGCAUUUUUUUCUUGUAACUCGAACGCUAGGUCAAAGAGCCAGCUGGCUAUGGUUUUUACAAGAGGAAAGUAUACUUUUGAUGUGGAAUGCAGAUGAAUAAUGUCAUACGGCCGGAUUUUUGGCAUCAAUCCCCUCUCAGAGGAUCACCCAUAAUUUCAUCGUAAUCACGAAGAUCAUUAUUUGGAAGAUUGCCAGUUGAAUGCCAAAAUAAACCAAAUGUAAAUAAUUUCGUCAAAACUGAAAUUCUCACGAAUUUUAUUAAACUAACGCUUUUCCAUGGUAACAGAUUGAACAUACAAUUGGCCAUACAUAAUUCCAAUGACAAAUUUUUCAGAUAUCGAUACAACAAUAUCUUACAUUGUGAAUUUAUGAAAUGGGUGGACGUGCAGUCCACCAAGAGGUGACCAUUGUGCUUGCUUGGUGAAUGAAUCAAAAGAAGGCCACGAGUGAAAGAGAUAACGCCCUUUUGCCUCACAACGAGGAGUUUGUAAACCAUGUUUUUCAACCAUCGCAACUUGACCAAAUGAUGUGGCUCAAAGUCCACACCAGUUAAAUCAUAUUGUUCUACAUUGGGAAGCAAAGAAAUAAAUGCAGGUGAAUAUAAGCCUUACUGUUUGAUUCGUUUUACUUUUAUCUAGAAUGUGGGCCUGUCGGUGUGGCAGACAAAAAUGCAGUCUCAGAUGCCAGAAUGACAGCAAGCACAUUCAGAAAUGAAGGAAAUAAGCCGCACUAUGGCCGAUUUCAUGAAAGCAGGGGAAAAGGAGCAUGGUGUCCUGCGACUAAAACUAACAGAACAGACUAUCUUCAAGUUGAUAUGGGUACAAUGCUGUCUGUUUGUGCUGUGGCUUCCCAAGGAAAAGAGGUAUACUCUCAAUGGACUACCAGCUACACACUAUACCUAUCCACAGACGGUGUAGUUUGGAACGCUGACAAGGAAACCAGCACUGCAAAGGUUUGAUUGGCAACUAUUAGUAAUGAUUAUAGGACAGCCAAGAGUUACAACAGCAACCUACAAAAUUGCACCACUGGAAGUAAAAGUGUGAUUUGUUGCUAUUCACGAGUAUCAUUACUGAUUUGUGACCAAUCUACCAGAACCAUUGUCAAGUUAAAGAUACAAAAUGGCCAUCAGAAAACGCAUUCAGUUCACUUUAUUUUAUGGAAAAAAGGACCCAAUAGUCCGCUGAUAACCAUCACGAUUUUGAGAUCUUUGCCAAUAUGUUGAGUUAAGCCAAAUAGACCGCACUUGCCAACAUUAUCCUCUCUCUAAGUGAUAAACUGAGGAGUGACGUUAACAGAGUUAAUUAGCGAAGUGGUUUCAUUCCAAAGUUUUAAGCAGCUCUCUAGCUUGUAUUUCUUUCACUAUUAAGCUUUUGCAAUUAUCUUCAGUUUUUUUUUAUUGCGACAAGGUUUAAGAGAAAGGUUACAGUUCUAUCAUAGAUUAUUCAUAAAGAGGUCCCCGUCUAAAGCUACCUAGAUACCUUAACUGCAACAUAAGUUUCCUGGCCAGCACUUGAUGUAAGUUAGAUCGGCUUCCACACCUCAACCUUUCCAUAAAACAUUUCCCUUUAAACUUGCAUGAUGUGUUGCCGAGCUACACUAUUUUCUCGUUAUGAUGUAUGCAUUUUCUCCUCUUCCAGGUUUUCCCAGGAAACUCAGACCGUCGUAGCGUCGUAAAGCAUUUCCUCACUACUGACAUUAUGGCCAGAUACGUUCGGUUUUAUCCCAUCACCUACCACAAUUUUCCAUGUCUCAGAGUUGAAAUAUUUGUGCGAAAAUGA